GUGUGCCCUUCUGUCUCGGCUGGAGGGCACAACGCUCCAGAAUUGGCUUCCCGCAAUAACGUUAGCGCAAGCGAGCUGGGAGUUUGAACAUUCGCACGCCUUUCCUGAAGCAGGCCUUUUCUAACGUCUCAGUGUGUCGCGUUUUUCCUUAAUCACGUAAAUAUACGUGAGAGCCCAGGACUCGGUCAUUAUGUGUGGGACUUAACGAUUUUCUGUGAGCCUCACUUGCUUGAGAAGUUUUAUUUGUCCCUUGAAGAACUUUGUAGCUAGCUCCUGGAUUGGAAUUUCGGGUCAGCCCUGGUGAGCCGAGUAACGACAGUCAGUUACUAAACUCUCGAGCCUUCCAUUUCUUCUCCUGUAAAGUCAGAUUAAAGUACUUGGUUCAUCCGGCUGUUGUGAGGCCUAAAGGAGAUUUCUUUUUGUCUAAACCUCUUCAGUUGGAUGCAUAGCUCAUUGAGUUUCAGCUUUCUUCUCUAACAUAAGCUCAUAAAGGGAUACUUGCUGUAUCCCACAAGAUUCGAGAUGUGUAGAAUUUUUAUUAUCAGAAAUGGAAGAUAAAGUGACUAGUCCAGAGAAAGCUGAAGAAGCAAAAUUAAAAGCAAGGUAUCCUCAUCUGGGACAAAAGCCUGGAGGUUCAGAUUUCUUAAGGAAACGAUUACAGAAAGGGCAAAAAUAUUUUGAUUCUGGGGAUUACAACAUGGCUAAAGCAAAAAUGAAGAACAAGCAACUUCCUGCUGCAGCCCCAGAUAAGACGGAGGUCACUGGUGACCACAUUCCCACUCCACAGGACCUUCCUCAACGAAAACCAUCCCUUGUUGCUAGCAAGCUGGCUGGCUGAUUAAAAGAACUGAACUGCAUGAAUCUUCUAAUUCCCAUUAUUUCUCCUUAAUAUGUUACUUAUUCAUUUUUUAUUUUCUUUCAUUCACUAAAUCAUUUGAGACUGACAGCUUUGCAGGUAGUGGUAGUGUGUGCUGCUAUUGUAAGGGAAUAUACAUGUGUAGAGUUUUGAUUAGUUUAACAGUGCACUGAUGAAAAGGACAUGUUACAGCAACAUAAGUAAUCUACUUGAAAAUAAUUGUAUAUAUUACCUAACUCCUAGUGUCGGACUGGUUUCAACAAGUAACAAGCAAGAUUUACAAUUUUAAUGUUUUGGCUUUCCUUCCUUCAUCUUAAUUAUAGCUUUGUAUGUUAUUAUUUAAUAUAACCUCUAUUGUAUUGAUUUCUUCUGUAUUUUCCCUUUGGAUUUUGUAAAACAGAAGUUUAAGACCACAAGUUGGAAGAAAGAUCAUAUAUUUCAAACACAAAUACAUGGGCUCUGCAAGAUUUGAAUCUCUGUGCUUGAACUUGAAUGGCCUUAAACCUGUUUCAGCUUUAACAGUAGAAUUUUACUUGGGCAAUAUUUGCCCAUUCUGGUGUAACUUACGUGAUUCUAGUGCUUGACCGCUGCCAUUGAAGCUAGAAUACUUAUUCAGUUCUGUAGUGUUAGAAUACCUUUUGUUGUUGAAGAUGUGAAUGAAGUGUGCAUGUGCAUUGACUGUUGAAUUCACUUUUGUGCCAUUUUUGUAAAUACAAUAGUUUUGCACAACCUCACAAA